UCAGCCUGCCAAACAUUUAAAGAAAAAAAGACCAAUUAUAAAAUUGUAGCCGUUAGCGCCUGCCUCUUUCAAAUUCAAAAACACUUCUCGUUAAUACUUAAUAUCUCUCCUUCACAAUUACAGGCCCAAUUUCCAGUCCCGGAACUCAGUAACACCUAUUUCCCAACAGAAAAUAUGCCAACGGCUCGAUUUCCUGUCGCCGGAACUCAGAAGCUCCGGACAAAGAUAGGCAGGAAACCGCUCCGACCCAGGAAUAUUUCUGCGGAUCUGGACUCGGUUCAGAUUAAGGCGAAGCCAGAAUGGAUAGAGAUCUCGCGGGUGGCGGAUUCGAACAAGGAGAAUCAUCCGGUAUAUGUGACUCCGGUGAGGAUGGAAUCUUUCGAUGCGUCGCUUGCGGAGGAGCUGAGCGCAGUGCGGAAAAGGCGAGAGCGAUUGAAAAUAGAGGGAGAUAAGGUGGAGAAGAUGCUGAGAGAGAGGGAUCUAGUGAUGGGAAUGUGGAUGAAGGAGGUGAAACAGAGAGGAGAAGAGCAGAAGAAGCUUGAGAUGGAGGUCGAUCGGUUGUACAGAUUGAAGGAACUCAGAUCAGCCGUGAGAAUAUCUCCGAUUCGACCGCUGAGAGAGAGGGAAAGAGAGAAGAAGAUCGACGCAGCGCAAUCGCAGGCAAGUCCCUUCCGGCGUCGAUCUGUAUUGUUUCUAAAACCAUCUACGGACGAAAGCACAUCGCCAAGUCAGAGUCAGAGUCUGAGUUUGGGUUUGGAUAGAUCAAAAAGCACAUGGCCGAGUCCAAGUCCGAGUUCGGGUUUGGAUAGAUCACAAAGCACAUUACCGAGUCCGAGUCCGAGUCCGAGUCCAAGCUUGAGUUUGGAUAGUUCAGAAAUUGGUAAAGAGAAAUGAGCUUUGGAGUUGGAUAAUUAUCAUCUCUCUCUCUCUCUCUCUUUUUUUCCCCUUUUUUGUUCCACAGAUGUAUUAAGAUAAUACCUCAUUAUUUGCUGUUAGAAUUUAAAAAUUGAAAAUGUCGAGCGCCAGUUGUUGAA